AUGAGAAAAAAACUCGCCCUUGAUCCUGGACCACCACCACGCAGACGAACCUCAUUCUGCAAAUGCCUCUGUUUGGCCGUCACGAUUCCUGUCGCGUGCUUUAUCGUGUGGGUAGUUGGGAUGGGUGCAUGGAAAGGAGUCAACACCGUCCGUCACCCUCAUCAAGCACUGUACUAUGGUUCCGCAAAGAAUGCAACCGACGCCAAAGUCUACCCGUUACUGCAAGACCAAGAUAGCUUCGACGUGCUUGCGACAGUUUUCCUUCGCGCAACAAAGGAUGAGGAGGCCGCGCUUGCAGCUUCGCAGGGUCUAUCGGCCACCAGAGUUGCCGCUGCACCUUCGGCAAGUGUGAUGGAACUAAAAAAGUUUGGAAAGGUGGAAGUAAAGUUUGGAAUCAACGACACCGAUGUCGUCCGAGUCGACCGCCCACUCUUUUCUGACAUUAUUUUUCGGGGGUUGAGGUCGACAGACAAACAUCGCGUGGCCCAAGUCAAGUUUCAGCUUCCAACCAACAGGUUCAAAGACGUGUACACGAAUACAGAUUUACGCGCUGCAUUCCUCCUUAUCCCCUCGUCGCCUUCGUUGAUUGACCACGUCAAAAACUAUUCGAGUUGGAUUCCGGAGUCGGUGAAGCUACCUUUAAUGCGGCCGGAAACAAUCGAAGAAAAGACGAUUCUUGAUCUUGCCUUGGAGUCGUUUGCAGUUUCAAUUCCAUUGCUUCAGACCCAUCAGAUACCGAGCAUUUGCCAGUCCACAAAUGCUACAGAUGGCGUUGGAAGUCCACUCAUCAACAGUACAACGAGGCAGCCAUACGUUGUUACAAGAACACAACUAAGACUCAUCCGGCAAACUCGCAUUUUCAAUGCCACUGCUUACAAUAUCUCACAUCAGCAACUGAGAAGGACAUCGUGUGGUCAAGGAUUCGGGUUCCAAGAGCCUGUUUUUUCGCUCUGCAACCGCCAAUAUUCCUCGAAUGGAAAUUUGGAGACUCUUCUGGAGUUGGACGUUCCUGAAGAAGGCAGAGCAGGAAUUCGUUGGGCAUAUGCGCCAUAUCUGGACACCAAGGCAGAGGCUGCAGGUCCUAAAGAUAUCGUCCGCAUACCAGUUACAAGAAACUCUGACCCUUGUGCCACCGGAAACGAUACUGACCCGGAGUUUCUGGACGUGACGUGGAAUAUUGGUUUUGCUGCCCGAUCUCCUUCCAAAAAGUUCAUUGGAGACCUCGCCUCUCAACCACAGGCUUUCAACCACAGUCUGACUGAUUGUGACAAAAUGAACGGACAAGAUUCGGCAGAAGUUUUCAGUGGCCUUUUUGGUCAUCGUUUCUAUGAUGAUGUCCACCCGCGCCGACGAAUUGGCAUCGAUGUUGUAACGUACGGCUGUGGAAUUGUCGCGGACCUACUUUUACUUCCAUAUUGGUGGACGCGUCUCUCCACCGUUGGCAUAAGCUCUUCAGGGGCAUUCCUGAUUAUCGGGUCAAUACUUCUCCAACUACCAUUAUCCUUCUCCGACCAAGUUCACCGUCAUGAUCAUAACGAACGGGACCGAUUAAUUUUUGUCCUUUUGUUUGCGGUUACAAUGACGCUAAUUCCGCCAGCGAUCAUGCUGAGGACACUAUUACGGGCCGAAUUUGGUUGGAAAAAAUGGUACCCCACUGUAACACGGUCACCAGCGACACACCAGGAGCGACGGAGUGAAAGGGUCGACAGGGAAACGUCCUGGCUCGUUAAGCUCGCCAUAGCAGUUGGUGUCGCACUUGCCUUCCAUUUCGGAAAGCUCUACGACAUCCAUAUCAUAGCGGCAUACUCUCCCAUCGACUGUCCACCUGACGCUGAACAACACGGAGCCCUAUACAACUUCCUCAGUCGACUAGGACCCAGCCUCCAUCUCACGGGCGACAUAAGCCAGUACAUUCUCAACCACCGCCUCAAAUCGUUUGGCGGGCAAUAUCGAGCAGCGGAAAUACUUGGGUUUGUCGCAUCCAUGGCCCACUUGCUUCAUUAUGUCCCCGCUUUCGUCGGCCGAAGGGAGUUUCGCAGCUUCUUGUCUGUGGGCUGGUUCUUGUCUGCUCUCGUCUUCCGCUUGCCCAUGUUGUGGCAGGCCCUCACACUUCCACCAGUCAAAGUAGUCGAAAAUGACGAGGAUUAG